GUUAUGUUAUCCAGUUAUUCCGGCAAAAUGUGUUGGACAAAUAAAUUAUUAGUUUCUGUAUUAUUUACGGUAGCUUUUGACAAUGUUUAUGGGUCUGUUGAAGGCCUUUACUGUGGAAAAGAUAACUGUUACGAAAUUCUUGCUGUUGAGAAAGAUUCAACAAAGUCGGAGAUAACCAAAGCCUACAGACAGCUUGCAAAAAAAUGGCAUCCCGACAUGCACAAAACAGAAAAGAUGAAAAAAGAGGCAUCAGAAAAGUUCCAGGAAAUAGCUAAUGCUUAUGAGAUACUGAAAAAUGAGGAUUCACGGAAUGAUUAUGAUUACCUGUUGGACCAUCCAGAUGAGUUUUACUACAACUACUACCGCUACUACAAGACGAGGACUGCACCUAAGGUUGAUGUCAGGAUUGUCAUAGCUGUUACAAUUACAGUCAUAUCUGUUGUGCAGUAUUAUGGAGCCUGGUCCAACUACCAGUCAGCUAUUGGGUAUCUAUGUAAGGAGCAGAAGUACCGGCUACAGGCCACCAACAUUGCCAAGGAGCGGGGACUCUUUCCUGUAGCCAAGAAAAAGGAUGGAAGGAGGUCAAAGGAAGAAAUAAGAGAAGAAGAAGAGGCAAUAAUUAAAGACAUCGUUGAGGAAAACUUAGAUAUACGGGGUGGAUACAGGAAGCCCACAUAUCAAGAUGUCCUGUGGAUCCAGCUGGUGUUUUUCCCUUAUUACCUCCUGGCCUACAUACACUGGUAUGCACGCUGGAUCUGGAAGUUCACCAUAUCACGACAAGAGUACGGCACUGAGGAGAAACUGUACCUUAUACGAAAAUACCUCAAACUUAGUUCAAAUCAAUUUGAUGCAUUAGAGGAACAUGAAAGAGAUGAUUAUAUGCAUAAAGAAUUGUGGAUUAAAGAAAAAUUUACUGCAUGGAAAGAGAAACAGGAAGCUGAGCUUAUGAGCAAAAGAGCAGAGAGUGGUAGAUACCGUAUGAUACGGCGAUACAUGAAGAAAGGGGGUCCUGGACAGAUGACAUUCGGACCAGAAUGAUCCGGUGUAUGUCAUUAGGAAUAUAUAUAAAUAUCAGACACUCGUGUUCAGCGGAGGUUGGUUUCUCAAGCAUUCUGUGUUAGGCCUGAAAUAAACAGUGCUGGACAGCUAGUCAGUUGUUGGGUUUAUGUUAGAGGUGGAAGGGAAAAGGUGUUGGGUUCUACUUUUGUUGAUGUCAUUUGUUGAUGUCAUUCAUAACCUUUUCACUUUCACCUCUCAUUUUAAAUGGUAUAUAAUUAAGGACAGAAGUUUUGCAAAGGUUUUUAAUAUUAAAAGUCUUGGUACUAUGGGACAUCCAAACAGGAAAUAAAAUUUUAUGGUAUGUUUGUACCAGAAAGUCUUUUGAACUAGAUAUUUUUUAAGCCAUGUUCUUACGUUAUGGAUGAUCAAUCACGGUGCCCUCAAUUUAGUCUAGUUUCCACUCCUUAAAAAUAAAUAAAAAUGAUUUCCAUUUAUAUAUCAUAGACGCAUGCUCACAGAUUCUAACAAUAGAAGCCACUAUUUGUUUAAUGCAAAUUUUCUGUGAAACAUGAAAAAAUGACAAACAUGGUUUCGCAAUUUGACAGUUUGAGGCUUACAAGCAUCAAGUACCUGAUGACACAACAUGUCUAUAAUGGCAUCUUGAACAAAAACGUGUUAUAAAUUGUAAAAUUAAUGAUGUGAAUAUGUUUACAUGUUAUUUUGUUAUUUGAACAUUGGCAUUGAAUAUAACCAUAAAAAUAUGUAAGUUUUUCAACCAUGCCCUUUAUUAAGAUUUUUCGCCUUUCGGCAUUUGUCCUGCCAAAAUAUGCAAGGAAGGGAAAUGGUUCCUUUUCAUUUUUCUUCAGAAACAGUCUCAUUCUUAUUGGCAUAAACUGUUGUUACUAUAAAUGAUAUUGAAUUAAAACAAACAUUGCAGAACUGUUGUCCUUAAGUUUAGAUUUAGCAGAAAAUGGCAGAAGAAAUGGCAGAGUGUGUCUUAACAAGAUUUUGGCUGAUAUCAAAGUUAACAAUAGGACUGUAUAUAUGAAAGUAUUCAAAUUUUUAUUCUUUUGUUGCGGCUCACAACUUGGCCUGUAUGUGAAUUCCAGUAAAACAUUUGCAAUACGGUAGUCUAAUGGUACAUAAUGCAAUACUACUCAAUUUUUGUUUGAGUGGUGUUUAUAAAAUGAUAAAUCAUUAUUUGUAUUUUUCAUUUCAAUAGAUUAUUUUUAGGUUAUUUUAUUUUGUGCCAUUUAUGUGCAUGAAAGUGCAAUGGGCAGAGCUUAAGGAGUUAUUUAUAUGAAAAGGGAGAAUGAUGUAGACUUAUACUCUGUAUAAAGCUUUUCAAUUGUAUUGUAUAUGAUUGCCAUUGAAGUAUUAAAAGGUAUCUUGUAUUUCUUACUUACAUGUGCAAAAUAUUAGUUUAUUGGUAUGUACAUGUAUGCAUGAUGAUGUUGAAGUACAUGAUAGGAUGCAAUGAUAUGGUAAUAUGUGAGAUGACAUGCUAGGGUAUGAGAUGACAUGCUAGGAUGUGAGAUGACAUACAAGGAUUGAGAUGACAUGCUAGGAUGUGAGAUGACAUGCUAGGAUCUGAGAUGACAUGCUAGCAUGUGAGAUGACAUGCUAGGAUGUGAGAUGACAUGCUAGGAUCUGAGAUGACAUGCUAGGAUGCGAGAUGACAUGCUAGGAUCUGAGAUGGCAUGCUAGCAUGUGAGAUUACAUGCUAGAAUGUGAGAUGAUAUGCAUGGAUCUGAGAUGACAUGCUAGCAUGUGAGAUGACAUGCUAGGAUCUGAGAUGACAUGCUAGCAUGUGAGAUAACAUGCUGGCAUGUGAGAUGACAUGCAUGGAUCUGAGAUGACAUGCUAGGAUCUGAGAUGACAUGCUAGGAUGCGAGAUUUAAGAAGACAUACUAUAAGUGAGAUGACAUGCUAGGAUGUGAUCUGUAACAUGACAUGGUAGGAUGUAAGAUGUGAGAUGACAUGGUAGGAUGUGAGAUGACAUGGAUGGUAGGAUGUGAAAUGACAUGGUAGAAUGCAAGAUGUAAGAUUAAGAUUGAAAAAAAAAUGAAGUGAGCUGCACAUAAUACAUCUACACAAUUAUGACAUAUCUUUUUGGGGGGGAAAUGAAAUAAGUCCUGAGCUUACUUUAUAUACAUUUAGAAACAAACAUGUGUAAACUAUUUUUUGUGUCUUAAUUGAAAAUGCUGAAAUUUAGUUCAAUAGGUAAUUCUAUUAACUGUUAUUGAACAAAGUGUGUUUUUAUGGUGUAUUCAAAAUUAUGUUUAUUGUAUAAAAUUGGUAAAUUAGACACCAAUUUUGAUGAUGGUAAAAAAAUCAGGAUCAGUUGUAGGUUUUCAAACUGGCCGGAAACUCACUUCUGGUAAGACCCUCUUCAGAACAAAUAUGAAAUUUUAAAGAAAUUCACUCAAAAAUCCUCUUUAGUAGGAUUUGUGUUUCUCUGUUUGAAAAAGGGAAACUUUUUGAUAAUGAAUAAUAUUGUUCCAAAACUGAUGUUUGUUGUUGUCAUCCUUAUAAUAGAACCACCAGGAGGUAAGACUUAUAGCAAUAAGAUUAUAAUUAUUGUACAUCUGUUUGAACUAUUUUACUAAAAUUACAUUAUUAAAUUUGGUUGCUUUUUGUCAAAGUCUUGGAAUUAUUAAGAUAACAUUACUUACACAAUGCAUCUCUCCUGAAAUAAUUAAAAAAAAUAUUUGUUUAAUAAUAAAGUCGGUCAUAAUUACAACUGCUCAGAAUGUUACAUGUUGUACAAUUAGCAGUAUCUUAUGAACCAACUUCAGAUGUUGACCUUUUUGUGAAAGGACAUACUAAUGAUGAUAUUACAUGUAGUUAUGGUGAUAGCCAGAAUUCAUCCUUUAGUUUUGUUUUGGUCCUUGUUAUUCUUACUAUACUUAUUGUAAUAUUUACGUUAAAUAAAUAUUAUUUUCA